GUAGGGAGACUCAGCAUGAGUGCCAAGGAGAGCCAGUGCCGCGCUGACCAACGGCUAGCAAGGAGACGUGCGGAGUGGCAGUGAGAGGUUUCUUGCCUCGGCUGCGUUACUGUUCCGAGUUAAUUGAGCUGAUUCUUGACAGGACUUCAGGAUGGUAUUAGGCAUAGCGGGCGCCCUCGCAGGCCUAGUGAGGGUGAGGUACUCCCAUACCUACGUGGACAGCAUGGUCUUCCGCUUCCACUACCACUGGACCUCAGCUUUCUGCUUCCUGGCCUGUGUCUUCGUCACGGCGGCGGACUUCGUAGGGGAUUCGAUUCUUUGUUUGGAUGGGUUCGAGGAAGCGCCCAAGCCUAUGACGACCUACUGUUGGGUGAAGUCCACUUUCACCAUCAACUCUACAGCGCGUGGUCUCAAAGGCCUCGGCAACGAGUAUUAUGCCACCGAGAAAAGGAUCCACGGCUAUUACCAGUGGGUCCCGCACGUUCUCUUUCUACAGGGCAUCCUCUUCUACCUCCCUCACUUAGUCUGGAAGUGCUACGAAGGAAAGCAAGUGGACCAGCUCUUGCAAGGCCUCAAUAAGAGUCUCUUUGACGAUGACGAAGAACAAAAGAAGAAGAAUAUCGUCGAGUACCUCUCUGAAUCGUGGGGUCUGAACAACCGCUAUGCCUUUGGUUACCUGGCGUGCGAGGUCCUCAAUUUCGCCAACGUGCUGGGCCAGAUGUUCCUCAUGGACAGUUUCUUGGGCGGAUUCUUCAUGGAUUAUGGGACGAAGGUGAUCCAGUUCCUGUUCUCCGACGACAAGGCAAGAACGGACGCCCUGUACGAGGCCUUCCCCCGCCAGGCCAAGUGCUCGUUCCACCAGUACGGAGCUACCGGGACCAUCAAGAAGCUGGACUACCUGUGCAUCCUCCCUCAGAAUAUUAUUAACGAGAAGGUGUUCCUCGUCAUGUGGUUUUGGUUCGUCGUUCUCGUCUCAGUCACGGCGAUGCAGCUGAUCUGGCAGCUGCUGGUCCUGUACAGCCCCCUUCUCCGCCUCCGCCUGGUGGAGAGCCACAUCAAGGGCAAGCUCUCCCCCAGGGCCGAGCAGGUGAUCCGGGGCAUGCACGCAGGGGACUUCUGCCUCCUGGAAGCCCUGGGCCGCAACCUGAACCCCCUGGCCUUCAGGGACGUCCUCCACGGCAUCAUAGAGGCCGGGCACCGCUACCUGGCCAGCGCCCCGAGUCUUGGCACGUAUCGGCCGCGCGACCCCGCCGCCCCCGCCGCGGAGAGACUCUACCCGACGCUGCCCCAUAGCUAGUGAGGGGGGGGGGGUGACUGGGCGUGGACGUGGGCUGGUGGGUUGAUGGGGGCGGGGACAAUGGGCGUGGAUUGCGUGUGUUGAGUGUGCGUGUUAAAGGGAUGAUUUUUUUUUUUUUUUUUUUUUUUUUUUUGUAAUCUCGUUUCGUCUAAGCAUAGCUGUAAUUCAGUUAAUAAAGAUUCUAUAAAGAUUUUUCAUUGUCCUUAUUAUCCAAGGAUCUGUUUACAUAGACACAGCUCUUUUAUAUUAUCAACAUAUUUGCAUCAUAAUCGUACCCUCGUGCAGAUAUAUUAGCUAUCUAAAAAAAUGCUAAUAAUUAGAAUGUGGUCUAAAGAAUCCAACUUGGUCUUAGUAUCCUCAUAUUUUCGAUUGAUAUUGGUCUAAGUCUGUCUGAUCAUAAGUUUAGCUGUCUAUAUUUUUGUAUAUCUCUUUAUCUACAUAUCUCUCUAACUUUCUAUCUGUCAGUUUACAUAUAUGUGUAUCUAUCCACCUUUGUAUCAUUUUUUUAUGUCUUUCUAUCUACACUUUAAUCUAUAACUAUCUACGAAUCAAUCUAUAGUUAUCUAUCUAUCCACCUAAUAUUCACAUACCAAUCAAUAUUCACACAUCUAUCAUGUAUUCAAAGUACAAAAUCUAAAAAGAAAAAAAUCUAUCCAUCUAUCAACAGCAAAAAAACAAACAAACAAACAAAAAAAUAAACUCAUUAUCACAACCUUUUAAAAAUGGCCGCCUGUAUCGAGAAGACAUCUACAAAGGCGACUUCUCAGCUUAGUUAUCAGAGAAACCGUUACAUGAUAAUGAAUAAUCAUUAAGACAAGGUCCCCAUAGCGCUUAUGAGUUUCUCUGUCAACAACUGAUAAAGGUUGAUAUGAAACUGCUAGCACGUAAUAUUGGUAUUUCCAACCGCCUUUUGGAUUUACAUUAAGCCAACUUAGAUAAGAUGGUAAUAUAUAUUCCCCAAUUGAUGGAUAUGAUGUAACAGGGUUUUGAAGAAAACAGUAUUUAUUUAGCAGGGCUUUGAAGAAAACAAUAUUUAUUUAGCAGGGCUUUGAAGAAAACAAUAUUUAUUUAGCAGGGCUUUGAAGAAAACAAUAUUUAUUUAGCAGGGCUUUGAAGAAAACAAUAUUAAUUAGCAGGGCUUUGAAGAAAACAAUAUUUAUUUAGCAGGGCUUUGAAGAAAACAAUAUUUAUUUUACAGGGCUUUGAAGAAAACAAUAUUAAUUAGCAGGGCUUUGAAGAAAACAAUAUUAUUUAACAGGGCUCUGAAUAAAGCAAUGUUUAUUUUACAGGGCUUUGAAGAAAACAAUGUUUGUUUUAUAGGGCUUUGAAGAAAACAAUAUUUAUUUAACAGGGCUUUGAAGAAAGCAAUUCUUAUGUAACAGGGUUUUGAAAUCAGAAACUGGUCAAUGUCAUGUAACAGGGUUUCGAAAUCUCAAACAGAUGGAUAUUUAGGUCUUUUAUUGAGGAAUCCCUUUCCUCUUUGUCCAUUGAAUUAGCUAUAGUAUUCCCUUUAUUACAGUUUUUUUUAAAUAAGGUACAAAAAGUUUUUUCUUUUUUUGUAUUUACAUUUCUUUAUCAUCCAUCUCUAUCUGUCUGCCUCUCUCUCUCUCUCU